UCCAAGAUGGCCGAUAGUCUGGUGGUAUUGAUCGAAUGAGAUGAACUGAAAAAUGUUUAAGAAACUGAAGCAGAAAUUAGCGGAGGAGACGGAUGGGGAACAGAGUUCACUGAAGCAAAAUGCACGUCAGACUCCGAAAGGGCCAGGCAAUGAAAGUAGCAACGAAACUCCGGAGAAUUCUGAAGAAAACCGCGGAUUGCCGCCUUCAAAUUCAGCUGCAAAUGUAACAAGUUCUCCCUCAUUUUCAACUCCUAAAACAUCACAGAUCAAACCGAAAUCUACGCCACGAGAAGUCCUCGACCGAGUCUACAGCCUUCUUGAUUCAAAGGCUGUUCAGUCUGACUCCAGAAAUGGAGAAAAGCCACAUUCUGGUGAGACAACCCCUCCAAAGAGCACAAGCACUCCAAGCAAAACUUUGUCACAAGACAGCAUCAGUGAUACAGAAACUCCCAAGAGAGCUGUUGAACGUCAAGGAUCAAUCCCUCCUUCAAGCCCUAUGUCUGCAGGAGGACGGUCUGAUGCUGAGUCUGAUGCAGAGCAAAGUGCUACACCUAAUACACCUGUGGCGCGGUUGGAGGGAGCCACAAAGGAAGAGGUGGUGGCCAUGUUCAGAAAACAAGAGAGAGUCUUGGCACGUUACAAGACCAGAUUCUCAGAGGUUGUGGAGGCAUACAAGAACUUGCAGAAGGAAAAUGAAAAGCUACAGAAUAAUCUCACACAGAGUCAGGACAAAGCUCUCAGACGAAUAUCAGAGAUGAAAGAGACAGUAGAACUUGAAAAACAGGCAAAGAUGCAUUUGGAGGAAACACUUCAGUUGUCACUAGAUGAAAAAGAAGACAUCAUCAAAGCUCUUCAAACACAGGUUCAACUGCUCAAGCAGCAAGGACCACCAGCAGUUCCUGGAACUGAUGUUCUUGAUGCAGGCUUAGGAUCCCAAAGUGAUGAACAGAAGCUUCAACAACAGAGUUUGCAGGAGAGGGUGAGAAGCAGCUUCAGAUGUAGAUACAGACAUAAACAUGUUUACAGCUACAUGUAG